CUCCAGGAGGCUGUUGCGCCAACAGUCAGUCGUAACUGCCUCAUGCUGCACACUGCGCCUACAAUUCAACAUCUUGGAUCUACUUUUUACAUGCGCUCUCUUCUCAGGAACCUCACUUUACCAACUCUCUCCUGCUCAAUCCUAUCUUCAUGCCCCGGAAAAUGCUCGCGUUGAUCAUCCCCGCACGCGACUUUUCAACAUGGGCUCCGAACAGAGCACGCUGAAGGCAAAUCCCGACCACGAAGACGACGACGUUGACGCCGUCGCCAUCGCAUACAGUCCUUCCAACAGAAAUUCACACGACUCGGAUCGAGACCUUACCGACCCCUCUGAUCUCUCCGACGAUCGCGAGUCACCCACAUUCAAUCUCUCCCAAGCUCACAAAGAGCAACCAGUCAUGAGCAAGUCAAGAAAAUCAAAACAGCGCAAGCCUAGGAAUGAUAACGAUACCAAGCGCAAUAUCAAGGGCAACACCGAGCGUUCCCACAAUUCUCGCAGUCCCUCCUCCAAAGACCAUCUUGAACUCCCAAGCCUCAGAGAUCGUGAACCAGAGACGUUCCAUAUCUAUGCUACUUCGGAUUCCAGCGACGAUGAGACCCAAGUCCAACGCUCUGGCGUGUUAGCGCAACGUCGUCUGGCCUCUCAAGCAUCCAAGUCUGCACAGGACGCGAUCGCUUCCAACCGUGAAAAUGACAAGUCAACGUCUGAGCGAGAUUCUUCACCUGAUGAAGGUACAACUCAGAAGUCCAUCUCCCCAUCUCCCCACGUCACGAGGCCCAAGAAACGAAAGCACGGUGAUCCAUCCAGUCACUCAAGAUCGCAAGAUCCGGAACUAGUUUUCACAGCGGUGAACUCGGACCGCCCAGCGGAGACCUCAAUGCAUGGCCAAGAGAGCGCACAGCAAGAAAUCACCAUGCUUGCGAAUGGCCGCUGGCCAUGUCCGCAUAAUGAAUGCAACGCCACAUUCGCGAGUAGAAAAGGCUCUAUCAGUCACUCCAAAACUCACCUAGAGAGCCACACUUGUGGAGUUUGCGGGAAGAUAUUCGGUCGUUUAGAUACGCUUCAGAGGCAUUUGAGCAAGCAGCACCCCGAGGAACAGAUCGAAACCACCGACGGAGCUGGUAGCACGAUCGCCGUUCCAGAGAAUAAUCACAGUAGUCUAGAUGACGCAAGAAUCUCAGAAGAUGACCAUACUUCUUACGACGGAAUCACUACCCAUCGACUUGAGAGCCCAGUUGUGGAUAAUCGUCAGAAACGCAAGCGCGACUUCUCAAACUCACCUCAGCCUGCCUCGUCCAGACCAUCUAAGCGGAGGCGAAAUUCUUCCCACAGUAAUCUCUCCUCGGUCCAAUCUGGAGACGGUGAAAACGCGCCCGAUGCACAGAAAGCCCUCAAACGGUCGCAGAAACGUCGGCAGAGUGGUAUCGAUGAAUGGGCACAGAGGCCGACACCAACUGCCACCCAAAACAUCUCACUUGUUGUUCCCCGCUUGACACAUGGACAAUCGUCCAAACAUGACUCCUCUCGCAAAGACAUUUCCGUCAAAGGAAAACAGACACGUCUUGACACUGGUAGGUCCCAUAACUCUACUUACACUUCUACGAAUGGUAAAGGUAGAGCUAAACCGGGUGUGAAUUAUACAUCGCCGGCCAAGUCGAAAAUAUCACACUCGGGCAUGGCCACUUCUGUCGCAACCCGAACAUUCUCAAGAACGUCCUCCAGCAUUCCCACGGAGGAUGAGGAUGAGAACGAGGAGCCCGGUUCAGAAUCUGACCAUGGUCAUUCAAGCGAAGAAGGUGCCGACAUGGUGCAAAGUCACAAGGCGCCCGGCAUUAGAAGCCACGUAUGUGAUGUAUGCCUCAAGUCAUUUGCAAGUACGAAGACCUUGAAACGCCACCUUCGAAGUCCUGGCGUGCACAUGACAAAAUACUCUUGUCCCCGUUGUAGCGCCGCAUUCGUAUCCAAGGCAAAGCUCCAUGGCCAUAUGGAGGAAGAAGGGCACGCACAGGCCGGGGCCUUGCGAAAGUCCAAAGGGGGUUUCAGUGAAGCCGAGGUCGAGAAACUAAACAGGUGGAAGUCCAGGUUCUGUGAGGACCACCACAUUACUGCCGCCCAGUUCAAUGACAUGAUGACCGACACUUUGCAACGGGUUCCGAGCAACAAUUGGAAAUGGCCUUUUAUCGCGGCCAAGGAUUUCUUGAAGCAGUACAUGGCCGUCCUACCAUACCGCGAUAACAGAUCAAUGCUAAGAUACCGAGAGCGCAACUUUCAAAACCUUGCAGGGUCAGGGAAUUGGACUGAAGAAGACGACCAGGACCUAGUUCGACUGGUCAAGCAGUACGGAACUUCUUGGGCCAAAAUUGGGAAGAUGUUGACGAGGACAGCUGAUGCCGUGAGUCAAAGAUGGAGGCAUAAGCUACAGCACGCAGAGGCUGCGCUAGGGGAGUGGACACCGGAUGAACUUGAAAAGCUUGAGGCGUCAAUUGAACAGGUCAGAAGAGCCUCUGGUCCGUCUGCUACCAAUGGAGAGUGGCAUAUACCGUGGACCCAAGUCAGUGCAAUUAUGAAGACAAGAACUCCACAACAAUGUUCGAACCGUUGGCGAAGCCUUCAUGGCGUCAAAAGGGACGGAAUAUGGGUCCAUGUCCCGGGGCUGAAAAAGACUCCAGGGUCGAGUCAAGUCACGGGUCCUUCGAAACUAGGCACUUCUUGGAAUCUAAGCACUCCUUCGAAGAUGGAAAGACGUUUGCAGGGUUCGACUCGCGAGAAACAUGCGCCAUUAUCGGAGAUGUACGUUCGGGAUGAGGAUAGCGACGGUGAAGGUGAGGGUGAAGAUGAGGGUGAAGGUGAAAGUGAAGUCGAAGAGGCUGCCAAAAUUACUACACCAGAGCGAGAUGAUGACGGUGUCCAGAAUGACAAAACUCCCGGCGCAGGCGAGUCGCGAAAUCCUUUGACAAACAAGACCCCUGGCAAAACGCUGGGCUCCAGUCAAUUGUUCCAUCAGACCCAAAUAGAUACGUCCGCUUGGAAACCUCCACCGUCAAGAUCGCGAAGGUCGAAAACGCCAUCUCAGACACAAGAUCGUCCUUCUCCAAACAUCGCCAUACAACGGCGUCCAGCCUCGGUCUCCCCGCUACAAGAGAUCACACUUCACCGUGAGACUGGCGCAGAUGAAAGUGAGCGCCAGAGCACCACCGACGAAGAGCAAUCGGACGCAGAGAGUGAAAAGACAGCUUCUGAAGACGGCAGCCAGAGCAAAGACGAAAGCCAAAAACCGGGUCCAUCAGCCGUCAAAAUUACCGCUCAAGACCAGAGCAGUGAGUCUGAUACUUCUGCCGAUGACGAUGAAGAGUCCGAGGGGGAGGAGGAGGUUGGCAAGGACAUGAUUACAGAGCACUCAUUGUUCCGUGAGGAAGCAGAUGGAAUGUCACCAGAAUCUUCAUCUUCAGGGGAAGAAGACCAAGAUGGAGCGGAUAGCCAGUCAACUACUACUGGCACAAGCGAAGAUGAGAAUCAAGUUGGGGAAAAUGACGACGAUGACGAUGACGACUACAGCGAAAACGGCAGCGAAGACGACUCGAGAGCCCAGUUCAUGAAUAGCAUCGCAAAAAGUGCCGUCAGGAGCUCCAGAAGUGCUCUGAAUGGCGGUAAGCUGCUUUCAAGUGGCAAGAAACAAAGUGGUACAAGCAGCAGUGAAGACGAUAGUGAUUGACCGUGUCAUAUAUGGUCUGGACAAGUCAGCGAUAUGUCAUGGACAGACCACAUGCGCACUGCUGACUCCUCGAGUGCAACGAUGUAAUCAAGUCAGGAGGUACCCCUUGGGGAGGUCUAGUCAUUAACUAUAUCUGAGGCAUUGAUUGAAGUGGAUUCCAAUGAUUUUAUUUCCAUCUCCAAGUGAAAUGACAUGCUCAUAUCAGUGAAACAUACAAAGGUGUUUCCAGUGGAACAAUUAAUUCAA